CUGUAGACACAUAGGGAAAGAGAAAACGCAUUACGAUAUAGGCGCAGCAUCAGUCGUUUCCGCUAGGCUGCGUUCCCUUGAUGGAGGAGAGAGCGAGUGGAAUCAGGCUUGAGGGAGAGAACAGAGUGAGGGCGAGUGAGGGGCUGGAGCUGAGCGAGGGAAUGAGGCGUGAGAGAGCGCGGUUGGCAAGCAGUGACAGACUGGCAACGGCACUACAGGACAAGCAUGUACAGCCGGAGGAAGGGUGUGCAGUGCGAAACAAACGUGUGCAAAAAUCAAUAGAUAGGUUUAGUUUAGUUUGGCCUCUGAGGGAAAUGUAAAUGAGGACCCAAAACAAAUAAGAAUAGACAAUGGGAUAUAAAGGAAGGAGUGAAAAACUGCCUUGAAUGACAAAUAAUAGAGUUACCGAGGCGCACAUAACAGCCAAAGACGAAGGAAUGCGCAAGUUCUAGCACAGACUGAUUAGGCCCGCCAAAGCGAUAUAUUAGCGUGUAAUCUCCUUUUAGGGAACGUACCACUGAACGGUGUGAAGGAUAGCCCAGCUAUCAACAGCGCAAGAAAAACAAAACUAUUUUAAAAGAAGACAUCUUAAAUUAUAACAACACAGGAUUGUUGGCAUUUGAACGCCCUAUUUACGUUGGUACCUGGUGAAAAUAGAACAAACUUGCGAUGGCUUUGGUAAUGGAACCAGUAAGUAAAUGGACCCCAAGCCAAGUGGUGAACUGGAUGAAAGGGCUGGAUGACUGUCUUCAACAGUACAUCCAGAACUUUGAGCGGGAGAAAGUCGGAGGAGACCAGCUGCUGAGGAUCACCCACCAGGAGCUGGAAGACUUGGGUGUGUCCCGUAUUGGACACCAAGAGCUCAUCCUGGAGGCAGUGGACCUGCUUUGUGCUCUGAAUUAUGGCUUGGAGACGGAGAACUUGAAGACGCUGUCGCACAGACUCAAUGCCUCGGCUAAGAACCUGCAGAACUUCAUCACAGGUCGCCGGCGGAGCGGACAUUACGAAGGCCGGACCUCGCGUAAACUGCCUAAUGACUUCCUCACGUCGGUAGUGGACCUCAUCGGCGCAGCCAAAAGCCUUCUGGCAUGGCUGGAUAGGUGCUACUUUUUUUUCAGAUCUCCCUUUGCAGCAGUGACGGACUACUCUGGGACGAGGAACAACGUAAUCCAGCUGUGUCUGGAGCUCACAACCAUCGUACAGCAGGACUGCACAGUGUACGAAACAGAGAACAAGAUCUUGAAUGUGUGUAAGACACUGUCUGGAGUGUGCGACCACAUCAUCUCCCUGUCCUCUGACCCACUAGUGUCCCAGUCUGCCCACCUGGAAGUGGUCCAGCUGACCAACAUCAACCCCACCGAGGGACUGGGCAUGUACAUCAAGUCAACUUAUGAUGGGUUGCACGUCAUCACUGGGACCACAGAAGGAUCCCCAGCAGACCGCUGUAAGAAGAUUCAUGCGGGGGAUGAGGUCAUCCAGGUCAACCUCCAAACAGUGGUGGGAUGGCAGUUGAAAAACUUGGUGAACUCUCUGCGUGGAGACCCCAGUGGUGUGACGUUAACUGUAAAAAAACGUCCCCAGAGCACGCUAACCUCUGCCCCAGCUUUACUAAAGAACAUGAGGUGGAAGCCCCUUGCCCUGCAGCCAGUCGUCCCACAGAGCCCCACCAGCAGUGUGGCCACACCCUCCAGCACCUUCAGCACUCCGUCCAGGCAGGACAACUCUGCCCUACAGGACCUUUUCAUCCCGCCUCCUCCCACAGAACCCUACACCCCCAGGGAUGAGAAAGGAAACCUGCCUGGUGAGGAUAUGAUUCAUCACCUCAGUGGUGUUCCAGUGGCAAAGGGCUCUGAGUCUCCAAACUCGUUCCUGGACCAGGAGUACCGAAAGCAGUUUACCCUGAUAGAUGAGGACACCGUGCUCUAUUGCUAUGAGUACGACAAGAACCAGAGUUCACCUCAGGGACAUAGGGACAACAAUUCCACAUAUGGCAGACUGAGGCCUAUCUCCAUGCCUGUAGAGUACAAAUGGGUGGGAGACUAUGAGGAUCCUGCCAAGCCGAGAAGAGAAAGCAGGAGAGAGAACUCCCUUCUGCGUUAUGUGAGUGUGGACAAGGCUCCCACUGAAGAGCACUUUACGGGGCGAAGCAGUAAGCGGUCCCGGAGGAAGGGGGAUCGGGGUGCCAGCCCCAGCCACUACUCCCAGCUGCCCUCCUUGCAGAUGGAGAUGCUGAGACAGGAGUCCAUGUCCACCCCCAGCUCUGAAUCCAGCUCUCUCUACCACACAUUUCAUCGGUCUUCACUGCUGUCACGGUCCAAGAAGAACAAAGGGCCCUUGGCCUCCAUCAGUAAGCGCAGGAUCUCCUGUAAGGACCUGGGUCAUGGUGACUGCGAGGGCUGGCUGUGGAAGAAGAGGGAUGCUAGGAGCUACUUCUCUCAGAAGUGGAAGAAGUAUUGGUUCGUCCUGAAGGAUACCUGCCUGUAUUGGUAUAUGAAUGAAGAGGAUGAGAAGGCUGAGGGCUUUGUCAGUCUCCCAGAGUUCAACAUUGAUCGUGCCAGCGAGUGUCGCAAGAAGUAUGCUUUCAAGGCCUGCCAUCCCAAGAUCAAGAGUUUUUAUUUUGCCGCAGACAGCACGGAUGAUAUGGACAGGUGGCUGAGUCGGCUUGGCAUGGCAGCGGGGGGCUACAUGGAGAGAGAGGUCGUCAGGCAGGACCAAGAUUACUGGAGUGAAAGUGAGCAGGAGGACAAUGACACACCUUCUACACCCAAACAGGACAGCCCCCCACCUCCCUAUGGCACCUACCCCCACACCACCUUAAUGAGCGAGGACAGCCCAUACCUGGAGCCCAAACAUGGCCGCCUGCCCUCCGUGGAAACGUGCCACUCGCCCCGGGAGGAGUUCCACCCCCAGGCCCCACCAGGGAGCUGCGGUGGCUCCCCGGCGCGCAACUCCACCAGCCAGCGGCGCUCCUGGCAGGACCUGAUCGAGACGCCCCUGACCAGCUCGGGCCUGCACUACCUGCAGACGCUGCCCCCGGAUGACCCUGCUCUGCGGCAGCCGGGCGGGGGCUUGUCCCCCGAGCCCCGGCGCCAGUCCACGCUCCCGGCCCAGCGCAGCCUGCUGCAGGACCACUACGGCCCCCUCCCCGUGGCCGAGGGCCAGAGGGUGCGUGAGCUGUUGGGGGGUGGGGAGAAGCCCCGAAGCUUCACUCUACCCCGUGACGGAGAUCUCUAUGCCCUGCUCGCACCUUCAGCCAGCACCUCCGCGCGCAAGGACCCACGCAGGUACCUGCCGGGGCAGAGCCGGGACAGAGGUGUUGAGCAGCAGAACAGACAACAUGCAGACUCCCUUCAAGACCUGUACAGAGCCCUGGAGCGGGCGAACCUGUCCCCUAUGGGCGAGCGCAGACUGUCUACCAAACUGGAGUACAAGCGGUCCUUUGUCCGACGCUGUAACAAUCAACAGCUCAACGACAAGCUUCACCGCCUGCAAAUCCUUCAGAGUACGCUCAAGGAUGUACAGCUCCCCGACGCGGAGCCCCCGUCCAGAUACUGAAACAAACCUGUGGGGAAAUUUCACUGGUGCAUGGUCCCAAGGGAGUGAUUGUACUACUGGCCUUCCACAUUUCUGCCCCAGAAGCGCACCUUGAUGGAACAGCACAGAGAGACAGUGAUAUUAUGAAGCAGUCUCUGCCCCUCUGUCCAACGUGUGCGUGUGCGUGUGCGUGUGCGUGUGUGUGUGUGUGUGUGUGUGUGUGCGUGUGUGAGAAUGUCACACACUCCCAUGCCUCACGGGUCUCUCAGCCUCCUGACUGAAACAUUUCCUUUUUCUUAUUUUGUCCUGUAUAUCCCAACAUGAUAAUGUUGCAGCCAGUGCUGAGAUUAACAGCAAAUUUUUAAACAUUGAAUACACAUUUGCACAGCUACACAGGGGCCACUCUCUUGCCUGGGAGACAGAAGAUAUAAUAACUCCCUAUAUGGAGGGCCCUUGUGACAUUCAAACAGCAAAGUCUCAUCCCAUCUUUAAAUUACAUUUUCAAAUUUGACAGUGCCUUCAUAUGAAAUGCAAAUCAAACCACUGUUUUUUUUUGUUUUUUUUUGUUUUGUUUUACCGUACAGCAGUUAUAGAUUUUUCAAAUCUGAUUAAAAUUGUUCAUAUCUAGGGGAGUGUUAGAACUCAGAAUCCCGCUAUGAAAAUAUUGUUUCCAUAUUCAUAUUUAGAACCAUUCAUAAGACGUCCCAUGAGAGGAAAAUCAUAGUGGUGAAUUGUCCCCAUGUCAGACAGUGCAGUGUUCAGACCACUCCUGUCUUGUAGAAAAGUCUAUAGAUGUACCUCUCUCAAGCAAUCAGAAGCCCCAGAGUGUUUCCCAUUCCUGGAUUCUUUUUCAAGGCUGGUACUCCAGCAGGAAACAUCAGGCUCUGACCUGCCACUGACAUUGCUGUUAUAUUUAACAGUGCUUUGCACACAACAUUCCUCAGUAAAUCCAGACAUCAUAACAGUUGUUGUUGUAUAUUGUCACUAUUAUUAUUGAACAAUAUUACAAGCUUUCUGGAGUCUCUGUAAUGUAGGGAUGGGCAUGGAGGGCUGUAUCAGUUUCUGGAUUUCGUGCCAGCUUCUGCUCUUAAUUAUUUAAUCAGCCAGAUCAUUCAUGUGAUCUGACGCUUUAGCUGAAAUUCUUGAUAAACCCAUGAGUCACUGCUGAUAGCUGUAUAUCAGAUGUUUUACUGUGAUCUAAUCUAUGACUGAACUGCCGUUGGUGUAUAUAAUUAGCUAACUGAGCCAGGUUAAUUGGUGAAAGCAAAAACCUGCAUGUACUCCAGCCCUCAAUGAAUGACUUUGCCCACCUCUGCUUAUCUAGGUGAUCUGUAAUUGUUUUUAAAAACAAUAAUUGGUUUAAGAAACAGUAAGGUAUACCUAACGAGAGGUAACGAGAGAUGAAACUCAUUCAAAUACAUCCCUACAGGUAAAGCAUGUCAAAAUGGAUCAUUUCUGUGGUCCGUUCAUCUUCCAGGUCCUUCCCAGUCAACAUUCUGAGGGGCGAGGAGUCAAACCAAGUCUUUGGACUCAAACAAGAAUGACCUUCAUGCAUUUUCUGACAAUAUGUAUACAGUCAUUUUCCUAAUAUAACGUUUAUAUGGAAAGGUGCAGUUUUCCAUUUUGUUUGCUCUGUGCAGUGUGUCCGUACCUGAGGGAACCCGCGUUGAGUCGUCGGUGUCGCUCUUCUCCAUCUGGCUCUCGUGAAAAUGUGAUGUUCUCUCCUAAAUUUGGUGUUCUUCCUUCUUGCACGUACAGAGAUGGGUAUCAGUUGGCAAUAAUAAACCUAGUUAUAUCAAGCUGUUGAAACAUAAAGUAAACUAAAAAAGGGUCUAUUUUUGUAUGUGAGAUAUUUAUCUGAAUGCUUCUGAGUCGUUUUGUAUUCUAAGGCUUAUAAGCCUCAGUCAGGUGUCUCUGACCAGGCUUUUUCUUGUCUUGGCUUUGUGCAAAUUAUUUGACUUUGUAUAAAAUAUUUGAAAAUGUUGUUCCCUCUCUGUAAACAAUUAUGUGAAUUUGAAGUGCUUUCAAGCUCAUGUCUCAGUGUCAAAAAUAACCUGGUUUUAUGAAUAAAUUGUUCAAUGCUUA